GCUCAUUAUCAACAAUGGACGACUUAGAAGACGGUGAAGUGAUUGAUUCCGAUAGUAAUGAAAAUGUAGACGAAGUUAAAGAUUCAAGGCUUGGUCCAAGUGGAGUGUUGAAGUCAUUACAACCAGAUAUCGUGCAGUGUACAACAAAUCUUGCCAAUAAAUCACUAGAAGACAGACACGCACAGGUCAACUCGUACAGGUCAUCUAGUGCAUAUGCAGCAUACUCUGAUGAAUCGGAUGCCAGCAGCGAUGAAGACUCGGAAUUGUGGAAUCGUAAAAGAGCUAAAUACCUCUCUUCUGAUCGAGCCAAAGAAUUUAGUUCAAAACACAAUGGUCCCAAUUAUUCUAAAACUGAACAUUUUAUACAUUCACCCAGAAAACCUACUUCUGGAUUCCUAAAUAAUAGCAACACAACAACCUCUCAUAAAAAGAAAAAUAAUAUUUGGGGAGCUGUGAUACAAGAACAAACUUUAACUCAGGGCAUCAUCGGAUUCGGAGUUGACAAAGAUGGAGAUUUACAGUGCGAUAGAAAUGUAGAAAGUUACGAUUACACAAAAUCCCAUUUAGAUUCCCGUCCAAGUGUUGAACCUGACCUUGUUGCUGUUGGUCCUUCACAUGAUGAUCCUUUUGGCGAAAUUGUGGAUUUAGAACCCGAGGAAGGGUCACAUGGUUUAAAAAGAAAAAGGCCAGCAAAAUUAAGAAUUGGAAAAAGAACUUUCGAUAAAACAAAAUCCAGAGAGCAUAUUGGUGCAACAGCAGAAGACUCAGUGCCACAAAUUGUCAAUGCUAUUGUUAAAAGUUUAAAUGAACCUAAAGUUGAUCUUAUGCAUCGAGUUGUAGAAACAUUAGGAAAAAGAAAGGCUUUAGAACUUUUAUAUUUAACUGAAGAUGUUGAGGAGUCUGGUGGUAUGUUUGUCAUGAAUGGAGAAAGAAGGAGAACACCUGGUGGGGUAUUUCUACAGUUAUUAAAGAUGGAUAUGGAUGUUACAAAAGCGAAUAUUAAACAAAUAUUUGCUGAAGAAGAAAAAAUUAAAGUGAAAAUUGCAAGAGAGUCCAGACGACGUAAACUGCAAAAGAUCAAGCAGAAACAAAGUGAAAUGGAACAAGAUGGUGACGAUGUAAGAACAAAUGGUGCUGAAGGUUUGCAAACAUCAUCAGAUGAUUUAGAUUCUCCUAAAAAAUCUGAUGAUUGUGAAACUAUGGUAGAUUUAGCCGAAGAAGAGGAGAUAUCACUCAGUUAGCGAACUAUUGAAAUUCGAAAAUAGAAAUUUUUUAUUCAUUUAUGUAAAAGUGUAGUUCAAAGUUUUCUCAAGGAGUAUAAAUGGAACUGUGAGAGCUUUUUUUAAUGAAAUAUUUUGUUUGUUAAUUAAAAAUCCUAAGUUUUCAUGUAAAUUUAUAUUGUGUCAAGGGAUUUAAUAGGUUUGGUUAUAUGUAGUGUUUAGAUUGAUUUAAAGGAUCGGUAAUUAAAUUUGCUGAUUGCCAUUUACAUUUUUGGACCAGGAACUGGCCCCAAGUUCACAAAGCAUUCUCAGACUUGGAUUAAGAAUUUACUCAACUUAAAUUCACUGUUUAUGAUAAAUAUCUUUGAUCCAGAAACACAAAACUUUGCACAUAGUUUCUUAUUGAUAUAUUUGAUACAUUAAAUCAAUAAAAGUUUUGUAAAGGGCUAUGUUUUAGUUAAAAUAAGGCGCGAACAAUUUUGAGAAUGCUUUGUGAACUCGGGAGCCUGGUCACUAACGGCUACUCAUUUUGUUCUUGGAGUGACGCUCUUCAAAACAACCUAAUUCUCCGUCAGUUUAAGUCUGAUCGACAUGAAAACAGGCAUGCUUUUUCUUUGAACAAUUCUGCAUUGAUUUGGUGAAUUAGAUUUUUGAAUUUCAUCCAACAGCAUGGUCAAUUCCUGGUCCCUAAUAGAUCGUACUUGUUCAGACAAUUUUUCGUAACUUAAUCAAUGCUUAAAUAUACUGAAAUGGAUUAUAUAAUACCGUUCUAUUAAGAAAACACAGCACUUCAAUCUGAUUAAAACACAGAUCCUAUUUCGUUUUUGUCAAAAUUUUGUUUUACUUGUCUUAACUACUCUAGAAUCUUGAAGAGUUGUUAUAUAACUCAUGUUUUGGUUGAUGUUAUGGAUUAGCCAAUGAAACGGUCUGUUGCAGCGAGUUCUUUGCACGCGAAGCACGGAACUGGGUAUCCCACUAUAAACAUCAACGCUGAUUGGUUAAUCAAAUGUCUGACGUCAUUGGGUCAAACAUUGCUCGUAUGACCCCCGAGGCUUCCUCCCACUACAACUGUUCAGAUCUUCAUGUAGUGUUGGCCAUCAAAAGUAUAAAAAAACAAAAUAUAUAUCUGUAUUUUAUUCAGAUUGGCUAGCGUUUCUUUUUAUCAUCUGUAGAGGAUGUUAAAUGUUGUGAAAUUUUCUACUCAUCAUGUUGAAGGGAAUUGAACCAUUUUUGGACUGUUAUUCUAUUUUUCGAUUCAUCUUUUACAUUAUUGAAAUGAUCAAUUUAUUUUAACAGAUUGUGACAGGUUUGGUUGAUUUGCAUGAAAUUUGUAAUAAUCAUGUCAUUGUGGUUGUAAAAUAACCCACGUUCUGGUUGAUGUGAGAAACAGUUUGUUGCAGUGACUUGUUGGCAUGUGGUGCACGGAACUGUGGGUAUCCUACUAGAAACAUCAACUCUGAUUGGUUAAUCAAAUGUCUGACGUCAUAGGGUCAAAAGCAGCAUGUUUGACCCCUGACGCAAUCUCCCACUACAGCUGGUCAGAUCUUUAUGCAGUAGAGGCCAUCAAAAGUAUAAAGAUUGUGACAGGUCUGGUUGAUUUGCAUUAAGUUCGUAAUAAUUAUGUCAUUGUGGUUAUGUGUUCCAGUUUAUCCAGUGGUACUGGGAAUAACAAAUAAUGUUAAUUAACGUUUCUUGGUAUUAUAAUAAUGGUAAAAGUACAGGUCCAAUAAUGGUACAAGACAGGUAAGGCACAGGUGUAAUUAUGUCAUUGUGGUUAUUUGUUCCAGUUUAUCCAGUGAUGCUGGAAUUACAAAUAAUCUUAAUUAAGUUUUCUUGGUAUUAUAAGAAAGGUAAGAUAUAGGUGUUGUAUAUAAGUGGUUCAUUAUAGGGCAGUAAUUUUGAAGUAAAGGUUUAAAAUAUUAGCUGUGUUUAACUUAAAAAAUAUUCCAGGCUAAAAUGGUUCGGUACUUCAGGUCAACAAUUAAGACUGAAUAUGACAGUGAUGUAAUUUCAAGACAUCAGCAUUUACUUUCAAUUAUUAUUUAUCAUCCGUUUCGUUUCGUAAAAGCCGUUCAGAAAUCAAACUUCUUUAACACCGAGUACUAACUGGUUGGGCAGUAUAUUUGUUUGUCAGGGCCUAUUUUAAAGUUUUAUUGGUGAAGCACGGUUUCCAGUGUUUUGGGGUUCCGAGAUAAUUUCCAGAAUUUGACUUCUGAUAACAUGAUAUCAUGCUUACACUUUUAUAACAUAUUUAUAUUUGUAAACGUGUGUCAGUAUCAAUAACAGUUGAUCCAAAAGCAAAUGAACCUGCACCUGGCGAUGUUCUGCUAUGUAAUUUUCGUGCUUUAGGUGGUGGUGGGAAUACAUCAACAAUACAAAACUUUUGAAACAGAAAUCAAAUUGGUCGAUGAUCAUAAUGAUAGCCAAGUUUCCCCCCAUACACUUUGGCCAGAUUCACAAGGCAUUUUGUCAAAGUACAGAUUUCAGAUUUUCAAAGCACAGAUUCUUCAUCCAGAGCUAUUUGCAGUGUUGGAAUUUCAAAAUUUUUCUUGUCAGACAUUUUACCGAAAAUAUAAAGGGGCAAAACUCUUAUUGUUAUUUAAACACACAAAAAUGUGUCAACAAAAUAUUCAAAUUGGUGCACCUGGUUAUUUGUCAUAAUUCUGCUGCAUGUUCAUGCCUGUAGGCAUGUUAAAAUAGGCCCUGUUGUUUGUACUAUGUUGUAUCAAUUAUAGGUGUAAACAGUUAGUGAACAUAGCUAUCUUGUUGAGAGAAAUGUACAAGAACAUUAAUGUUAUCAAAUAUAGUGUCUUACUGAUUAACAGAGCACAGAGCACAAAGUUGUCAUUUCUUGUCUGUUAAAUUUACAGGGACACUGUUGUCAAAAACAGUGUUUCACUGAUUAUAAGACUCCAUAGCUUAUAGUUGCCAAUUCUUGCAUUAAUGAAAUUCCUUAGAACUCCAGAGUUCAAAGUCAUCAAUUAUUGUCUGUUGUGAAAUUUCUUAGAACUGAUCAAAUAAUAAAUGUAGGAGAACUACAAUCCUUUAAUGCUAAGGGUUUUGCCAAGUAUAUCAUAUUCUAACCAAAUGGCAAAACCUGGUGCGCAAUUCAGGAAGACUCAAAAUAUUUUAAGGAGGCAGCUAUUUCAUUGUAUGAGAGUUAAAAUCCUAGCUAUUAGCGAAUGAAAAGGCUGAAUUUCUAAAAUAUUGUUGUGAAUAAAACCACUGAGCAUGUUAUGCGUUUGGAAUAAUACUAGAUCUUUGUAUCAUCUGGAGAAUAUCUUUCUCCAGGGUUAGGGUUAGGUUUAUAAAUUACAUGUCAAACGUAAAAAUUGAAGCUGUAACAACGGUGGAUUAUGGCUAAAACUAUUCUGAAGGGUUAGGUUAGAAUUGUGGGUAUAAACACUGACAGAUAUUCUCCAGAUCGGUCAAGAUCCAGUAGCGUGCAUAAGUUUGAUAUGUUAUAAAAAAUACUGGCCCCAGACAUGUAUGUAUGUUUUAAGAUUUAAGUCUUGAUAACUACUGGUCUAGUUUCAAGUGUGGUUUACAUAUUGUUGCAAAAUAUUGUUACAUGUUUCUCAAAUAUCUACAUUUUUUUCAAUAAAAAGAUAAUAUUGA